AAAGAAAGCACUCGUUAUCAGAUUUGUAAAAAACGAAACAGUGACUCGUGACAUUCAAAUCAACGCAUGGUAUUAAGAAAAUCCCCAACGAAAAAUAUUUUAUUGAUGGGAAAUCGAUUCAUUAACACUUCGAACGAUGCUAACAGCGAAAUAUCUAGAAAUACAUUCCCAUAUUUAUAUACAAAUGAUUUUCCAAACGAACCAUUUUUAUUAAAUUUAACAAAUUGCGCGGAAUCAUCGUUCGACAGUUCACAUUUAACUGUUAUCUUAAUACACGGCCACCAUGACACCGGUAACAACGUUUGGAUUCGAAAAAGUCGAUUUAACUAUUUCCAACGUUCAAGUUACAACGUAAUCGUAUUAGAUUGGAAAUAUUUUGCAGGAAGAAAUUAUUUAUAUGCCACAAAAUAUGCUCCCCGUGUGGCAAAAUAUAUGGCAGAAAUUCUUAUUAAAUUAGUGGAAACAAAAGAAUUAAAUGUAAAAAAUCUCCAAUUGAUUGGACAUUCCCUGGGAGCACAUCUUGCUGGAUUUAUCGGAAAAUAUGUUUAUCAAUUCUUAAAUCAAAAAGUUGGACGUAUUACAGGAUUAGAUCCUGCGGGACCGUUAUAUGGAAAACCGAUACUUGUGAGCCACGCAAAACGUCUUGCUCGAGGUGAUGCAAUUUUUAUUGAUGUUAUACACACAUGUGGGGGGAUUUUUGGUAUGUCACAGUUCGUAGGUGAUGCGGAUUUUUAUCCAAAUGGUGGUGUUUUACAACCGGGUUGUAAUUUAUUCGAUUUUCAUGGAAAACAUUUUCGUGCGGCUUUAUAUUAUACGGAAAGUAUAUUAAGCGAAACUUUUGUAUCAUAUAAAUGUGUUUCAUGGAAGAAAUUUAGGAAAGGAAAAUUUAUUAGUAAUGAGAUUGAGUUAAUGGGUUUUUCUGUGAAUACAACUGCUAAUGGUAAAUAUUUUUUAAAAACUAAUUCUAAAUCUCCAUUUGCUCAAGGACUUCACAUCAUAUAA